CUCCUGGUGGCCAUCGGGUCCUGCAGAGCCCUUACCGAAGCGUUGACUUCGAUUCCUCCCACCUCCAGCAGUCAGCCAUUCAGGAUUUAAUAUGUGACCAUUCCCUAACACCAGGAUGGUAUCGCUUUAUGGUUUUUGAUAAGCCUGCUGAGAUGCCGACCAAGUGCGUGGAGAUGAAUCACUGCGGAACUCAAGCCCCUGUCUGGUUGUCUCUGAGGGACUCAGAGUCCAUGCCUCGCCCCGGUGAGAUCAAACAGCUGACGGCCUGUGCUACAUGGCAGUUCUUCUUCAGCACUUCAAAAGACUGCUGCCUUUUCCGAAUCCCUGUCAGUGUGAGGAACUGUGGAGAUUUCUUUGUUUACUUGCUGCAGCCCACCCAAGGAUGCAUGGGGUAUUGUGCAGAAGUUGUUUCAGAUGCAAAGCCACAGACCUGUGAUCCUGAGGGAGCAGAGAUUCAAGGCGUCUGUAUCAGUAACCUGGCUCCUCCGUCACCUCCAUCUGUGUCCCCGCCACUGCCAGCUGUCCCUGAAGUUGUAGCACGGGUGAUCAAAGGCAGCGUUUACCUCAGGUGCACCUUUGGCUUUCCCUUUGCAAACACCUCGGUGGGAUUCGUUGUGACCUGGUCAAGGCUUUCUCCUGAAGGUACCAAAGAGGAACUGAAACGUGAAACAGCAGUUCACGCCUUCUCCCUUCUAGAACUAGAUGGAAUAAACAUCAGACUUGGAGACAGAGUCUACUGUAGCAGUUCUGCUUUUUUCAUGGAGAAGCCGGACAUACAAAGUGCUUCUGUUGAAAGCAAGGAAUUUUUUGCUGGCAUUAAGAUACUUCCAGAAACGUAUGAUAUAUCAGAAGACGGGAAGGAGUACAGACUGGCAAUAGAAAGCAGCAUUCCUAUUCCUUGUCCCGAGUUUAGCCAGCUUGAAAGUGACUGCAAAAUCUCACUAACAUUAAAUACUGUUGAUGAAGGUAAAGAGCAGUUAGGUUUAAACUUGGCUCUUUCUUCUUGUCAUGUGGAUCUUCUCCAGAAACCCUGCAGUAACGGAAUCUGUAGUCAAGCUGUAAUUUAUUUCACUGCUGUGACAGACUUUAUGCAGGAUGGAGACAGAAUUACCAGGAUUGCAGUGGAACCGAUAUCCAGCACGAGCUUCCUGUGGAAUGGCUACGUUCCAGAGAGCACACAGAUUACAGUAAAGGAUCUACCCACUGCCUACUGCUACUCAUUUACUGACCCUCACAUAAUUACAUUUGACGGAAGGCUCUACGACAAUUUUAAAACAGGCACAUUUGUUCUCUACAAGAGUACGUCUCGAGAUUUUGAAGUUCACGUUCGCCAGUGGGACUGUGGAAGUCUUCUCUACUCAACAGCCUGCAACUGUGGCUUUGUUGCCAAAGAAGGAAGUGAUAUAAUUGCCUUUGACAUGUGCAGCGGUCAGCUCCACCAGUCACAGCCACACUUAUCUGUAAUAAACAGAGACACGACAGGAAGCAAUGUCAGAAUCACUGAAUCCUACCUAGGAAGAAAAGUAACAGUUUUGUUUUCUUCCGGGGCUUUCGUUCGUGCUGAUGUGAGUGACUGGGGAAUGAGCAUAACUCUUAGGGCACCCAGUUCUGAUUACAGACACACCGUGGGACUCUGUGGCACCUUUGAUGGAAAUGCAGAGAACGACUAUCACACCGCGAGUGGGGCAGAAAUCCCUAACCAUGCCAAUGCUCAUUUUUCUUUUAUUAAGGAAUGGAGAAUUUCACCAGGAGACAGCUUGUUUGACAAGACACCUGCUUCUUUAACAUCCUCUAGAAAAAGAGUCUUCUGUGACUGUGCACUUGAAGAGGCUGGAUUAUAUCAAUCGGUGAAUAAACUGGAGACGGUUUCUCAGUCAGAACUUCCUCUCUUUUGUAAAGAAAGUGAGAACGGUAGAUUUCUUUCUUUGAUACCAGGCCUGGAUGUCACUGCUGAGUAUCUCGGUCCUGCUGAUCUUGUCAGAGGCUUCAAGAAACGUUCAUCUGCACGUGAAAUGGACACAUCUACACUUCUGCGGAGGGAGGAUAAUCAAACGGAACUUCACCAACCAUCACUAGCAAACACGCGUCUCUCUGCAAGCUCAGUGGGAAAUCCUGGUGUAAAAAGAGAAGGAACUUCAAGCUCAGGCAGUAGAAGAACUUCUCCCCGUUACAGUAGUCAUUUUCCCAAAAGUCAGUCUGUUACGAGUAGGGGGAAGCGCCAAAAUUAUUACGAAUACCACCCGGUAUUUCUAUUCCAAAGUCUCAGCCAAACAGACCUAGAGGGAUAUAGUUAUUUUUUCCCAGAGGACCAUGCCACUGACACAGACCAAAAGUUCCUUCCUUCUUGGCCCACACCUUCUGGCCUCACCGAGUCCAGUGCUUUAUUACUGUGCCAGCAGGCAGUAGCUAACUCCAGUAUAGGAAGGUCUUGUGGUGGCCUUCUUGACCGGCGAGUAGAGGAUGCUAUUGACAUGUGUGUUAAAGACUUGCUGCUGAAAGACGACCUCAGUUGGGCAGAAGCUUCCUUAGCUCUUCUAGAGAAUGAAUGCGAGAAAAGACUUGUAGAAGAAAUAAAUUACAACCGAGAGGAACUUGAAGGGUCAGUUGAGAGCCUCCUUAUUGCACUGAAGUGUCCCAGUCUCUGCAGCGGUAACGGGGAAUGUGCAGAAUGGGGCUGUGCCUGUUUUGAAGGCUACAGCUCCUAUGACUGCAGCGUACCGUCUGCCCAGGCUCCCGAAAUCACGGAGCUGGAGAACGCUGGGCUGUGCGACAUCCGACAAUACGACUGCACCUCGGUGAGAGCUUUUGGGCACGGCUUCAGGGACUCACUGAAUCUGAAAUGUGAAAUUACCAAAUUACAGUACAGUGACAGACAAUGGGUUCCUGGAGAACCUCUAAGGAUGCCAGCUGCCUUCCAAAACGCCAGGACUGUUGACUGCCAGUUACCAAAUGACGACCAGCAGCCUGAUGUCAUGGAUCUGGUUGAUGAUAAACCCAUUGCCCGGUGGCAAAUAAAGAUUUCUAAUGAUGGAUUCGUUUAUAGCAACUCUAAAACAAUGAUAUUGUAUGAUGGAGCCUGUCAGACAUGUGAACCACAAGAAUCUGGGUUAUGUACCUUAAAGGAGAAAACAUGCAACAUAGAUGGACUCUGUUACGGUGAAGGUGACACCAACCCAAACAGCCCUUGCUUACUCUGCAGACCUGACCUAUCAAAGUUAACUUGGUCGGUUGUUGACAACAACCAGCCUCCAGUGCUUGAAACUUUUCAGGGUAUGCUACAGACUUUUUAUGGAGAAGAUUUUGUGUAUCAGUUUUUGGCUUCAGAUCCAGAGGGCUCUGCUAUUCAUUUCACAUUGGAUUCUGGUCCGGAAGGUGCCAGUCUUUCCCCUUCAGGUCUCCUUUUGUGGAAAGCUGUGUCAAUGAAUCUCCAUAAAUUAACAUUUUCUUUGACAGAUGACUGCAAUGCAAAGACUAAGGUAGAAAUAGAGGUCAGUGUGAGAUCUUGUGAUUGCCUCAAUAAUGGCUCGUGUGUGACAAAUGUUAAUUUCCCACCUGGAAGUGGAAGAUACCUUUGUGUGUGUGUGGCUGGAUUUGAAGGAGAUCUCUGUCAAGUGAAUACUGAUGACUGUAGGCUGACCCGGUGUGGUGCUGGCAGAUGUGUGGAUGGAAUAAACAGCUAUUACUGUGAAUGUCCACCUGGCCUUCAAGGUAAAAAUUGCGAAGAUGAUGUAGACGAAUGUGAGUCCAGCCCUUGCUUCCCAGGAGUAUUUUGCUUCAAUACCUUUGGUUCUUACCAUUGUGGUCCGUGCCCAAAUAAUCUGCAAGGAGAUGGGAAGUCAUGUUACGAAAGCUUUGAAGACACUAAUGAUGAAAAGAAGGAUUCCACAGGAGAAAUUGGAAGGAAUAAAGGUUUUCAACAACCAUCCGUUGAGAAGGCUUUAAGCAUCUCAAGCUAUAUUCCCAGUUCUACAGAUGUUCCUGAGAGGUUUAUUUCUACACAAAUGGUCAGUAGCAGCACUCCACCAGCUUCCACUGUAAAAAUGAUCACCGCUUGGAAGUCACCUAGUUCUCAGAGAAGUGCUUCUGUACAACCUCCUGUUGCUGGAAACGUUGCUCGUGCUCUGGGCACCAUCAGUGGUCACCUUGCUAACGUGGAGGAGAGGUCUUCAGCACAUGUUGCAUCUUCAAGGAGCCAGGCUGUGUCACCUGAGAAGAAAACAAGGGUGCAAGCUGAGGCCUACGGCUACUUUGAGACCGGCAGGAAGACUUCUCCUAGCAGCAGAACAAAUAUAAGCAAAAGGCUUUCUUUGCCGAGCAAAGUCUUUAAAGGUGGCAAAGCUCACAGAGUUCAGCACCUAUUAGCCAAGCACAAAGCGAGCCCUUUACCUUUGGUCCUUGUGGAGGCCACUGCUCCACCAAAACUGCUUCCUGAGGACCUGAGUGAAGUGGUGCUUCCCAGAGCAGUGACCUGUACUGAUCUGCCCUGUUUCCCUGGGGUACCUUGUGAGCCGGGUCAGGAUGGAAGCGCCAAGUGCGGCCGUUGUCCUUAUGGUUAUUUUGGGGAUGGCUCCUCUUGCAGAGCAAGAUGUAGACAAACAUGUGGCAAAAAUAUGGAGUGUGUGGCACCCAAUAUUUGCAGAUGCAAGCCUGGUUACGCUGGUUCUAACUGUCAGGCUGCUCUAUGCAAACCUGAUUGCAAAAACCAUGGGAAAUGCAUUAAGCCCAACGUCUGUGAAUGUCUGCCAGGGUACGGUGGCUCCGCUUGUGAGGAAGCUCACUGUAACCCCCCCUGUCAGAACGGAGGCACCUGCUUGGCCAGAAAUCUCUGCACCUGCCCCUACGGCUUCGUGGGACCAAGAUGUGACACAAUGGUUUGCAACAGGCACUGUGAAAACGGUGGGGAAUGUCUAACUCCAGACAUCUGCCAGUGCAAACCUGGGUGGUACGGCCCGACGUGCGCUACAGCAAUGUGUGACCCUGUGUGUCUCAACGGUGGUUCCUGUACUAAGCCAGAUGUUUGCCUCUGUCCACGUGGAUUCUUUGGUGCCCAGUGUCAGAAUGCUGUCUGCAGCCCCCCUUGUAAGAACGGUGGUCAUUGCAUGAGAAAUAACAUCUGUACUUGUCCUGAUGGGUACACAGGCAGAAGAUGUGAAAAAAGUGUCUGCGAGCCAAGGUGUAUGAAUGGAGGAAGGUGUGUGGGGCCAAACGUCUGCUCCUGUCCUUCAGGAUGGAGAGGAAAAAGAUGUAACACUCCAAUCUGUCUUCAGGAAUGUAAGAACGGUGGGGAGUGUAUUGGACCAAGCACGUGUCACUGUCCUCCGCAGUGGGAAGGAAUCCAGUGUCAAACACCUGUGUGCAACCAGCAGUGUCUGUUUGGAGGCAAGUGCGUGCUGCCCAACGUCUGCUCCUGCCGUCCCGGCUACACCGGGGUCCUCUGCGGGAAGAAAAUUCAGGUCCAAAGGCGUAAUGGUUGAAGAAGAGAAGUCUAACAAUUAAAGAGCAGUGCUGCGUGGAUGUGUGGGACUUGAAAACAGGAAGGAUGUUGAAGGCAAUUGCAGAGUUUAUUUAAAUGAAAGGAAUAUCCCGAAGCAUUAUUUUAAAAGAUUGUAUUAGUCAUGAAGUUUGGUGAACUUCAAUGCAACAAUCUUGUAGUCAUUAAAAUAUAUGUAUAUUUCUAUAA